AUGUUCAAGAUCCUGAUCAUUGGCAACAGCAGUGUGGGUAAGACCUCCUUCCUGUUUCGCUACGCAGAUGACUCAUUCACGCCGGCCUUCGUCAGCACGGUGGGCAUCGACUUCAAGGUGAAGACCAUCUACAGAAACGACAAGAGGAUCAAGCUGCAGAUCUGGGACACUGCCGGCCAGGAGCGGUACAGGACCAUCACCACAGCCUACUACAGAGGAGCCAUGGGUUUCCUGCUCAUGUAUGACAUAACCAACGAGGACUCUUUCAAUGCCGUGCAGGACUGGUCCACCCAGAUUAAGACGUACUCAUGGGACAACGCCCAGGUCCUGCUGGUGGGAAACAAGUGUGACAUGGAGGAUGAGAGGGUGGUGGCAGCAGACCGGGGCAGGCAGCUCUCUGACCAACUGGGCUUUGAGUACUUUGAGUGCAGUGCCAAGGACAACAUCAACGUGAAGCAAACGUUUGAGCGGCUGGUGGACAUCAUCUGUGAGAAGAUGUCGGAGAGCCUGGACAACGCCGACCCCGCCGUCACAGGGGCCAAACAGGGGCCCCAGCUCACCGAGCAGCCCGAACGCCCCCACCAGGACUGUGCUUGCUAA